AUGGUUCACGUCGACCCCCACACCGUCAAGAUCAUUCCCCAGGCUGCUAAGCGCUUCAUGGCCGCGCCCAAGUACGCCGUUGUCGGUCGUGUUCUCCAGGACCCCGCCAAGUUUGACAACAAGUUGGCUUUCCUCGUCGGCGCCGUGCCUCGUUCUGUCUCCUCGCCUAUCUCUGCUCCGAAUUGCCUGCCAUGGACUCUAGCUAACCCCCAGCUCAUCAAGUGGUACAACGAGCGCAAGAUGCCGCUUACUCCCGUCCGCCCGGCCUCGGACAAGUUUGACAACUCGAAGCCGGUCGAGGGCCUCAACGUUGUUGAGAACAUUACCGACAUUCCCGACCUGAACAACACCUCGAUCUCGAUGAUCAUCUCGCCCAAGCUUGGCGCCAACAUGCUCAAGGAGCUGUACAAGUCUGAGAAGACGCAGCCCUUCGCUCUCUGGUUCCAGCCCGGUGCCGAGAACGAGGAGAUCGAGGCUUUCAUCAAGGAGCACAACCUCGAGAACCGCGUCGUCAUUGGCGGCCCCUGUGUCCUCCUCCACGGCGACGAGGCCCGGGAGAAGGCCGACGCCAAGCUCUAA